AUGGACGCCUAUCUGCGGAAACUGGGCUUGUAUCGGAAACUGGUCGCCAAGGACGGGUCGUGCCUGUUCCGGGCCGUGGCGGAGCAGGUGCUGCACUCUCAGUCUCGCCAUGUUGAAGUCAGAAUGGCCUGUAUUCAUUAUCUUCGAGAGAACCGAGAGAAAUUUGAAGCGUUUAUAGAAGGGUCAUUUGAAGAAUAUUUAAAACGUUUGGAAAAUCCACAGGAAUGGGUUGGACAAGUGGAAAUAAGUGCCCUUUCUCUUAUGUACAGGAAAGAUUUUAUAAUUUACCGGGAACCAAAUGUUUCUCCUUCACAAGUAACUGAAAAUAAUUUUCCUGAAAAGGUAUUACUGUGUUUUUCGAAUGGCAAUCAUUAUGAUAUUGUCUAUCCCAUAAAGUAUAAAGAGAGCUCUGCUGUGUGUCAGUCUCUGCUUUAUGAAUUGUUGUAUGAGAAGGUAUUUAAGACUGAUGUUAGUAAAAUCUUGAUGGGACUAGACACCUCUGAAGUAGCUGAUGAAAACAACAGUGAAAUAUCAGAUUCAGAGGAUGACAGUUGCAAGAGUAAAACUACCACUGUUAAUGAUGUGAAUGGAUUUAAAUCUUUGUCAAGUGAUCAGCACCCGAAAAGCAAUGGGAACUCUCCUAGCCUUCCUUUGUCUAGAAAGGUUCUUAAGUCACUCAGUCCAGCGGUCUAUAGAAAUGUGGAAUAUGAAAUUUGGCUGAAGUCUAAACAAGCUCAACAAAAACAGGAUUAUUCCAUUGCUGCUGGCUUACAGUAUGAAGUUGGAGACAAAUGCCAAGUUAGGUUGGAUCACAAUGGAAAAUUUUCUAAUGCAGACUUUCAAGGGGUUCACUCUGAGAAUGGGCCAGUUUUGGUCGAAGAACUUGGAAAGAAACUCUCCCCGAAGAACCUCAGACCGCCUUCCUCAGAAAGCUGGAACACGGUGGCAGGGAGGAAGGUGAAGAAACCCCCUUCCGGACAGAAUUUCCAUUGUGAUGCGGACUACAGAGGGCCCAAGGCCCCGGCGAAGCCAGGAAAAGCCCCUCCCACGCUGCCACCUCGCCUGCAGCACCCUCCGGGGCUGAGGCAGCGCGCGCCCCCCGGCCACCCUGCAGCGCCCCAGUCUCAGAAGCCCUCCAGUGAGCACAGAAGUCUGAGCAGGACACCCACACAGGCCACCAGGAAACCUGAUCGUGAGAGAGCUGAGGAUUUUGAUGCCACGACGCGAGAGUCUAACUAUUUCGGCCUCUCUCCAGAAGAGCGCAGAGAGAAGCAAGCUAUAGAAGAAUCUCGUUUACUCUAUGAGAUUCAGAACAGGGAUGAACAGGCUUUCCCAGCCCUUUCCAGCUCAUCAGUCAGCCAGUCAGCUUCUCAGAGUAGCAACCCAGGCGUCCAGAGAAAAUCAUCACAUGGAAGCGAUAGAAAAGGAAGCAGGCGGAGAAUGGACACCGAAGAAAGAAAAGAUAAAGACUCUGUCCAUGGACAUAUUCCCUUGGAUAAAAAGCCAGAGCCAGGCACACUGGAGAAUAUUAGCAAUGAUAAAUGUUCAAGAAUUACAUCACCGUCAAAGAAAUUAGAGUGCCCACAUCCUACAGAACAAAAGCCAGCAGAACAUGUGUGUCUGUCCAGUCCAGCUCCCCUUCUGGUGUCUCCAGAGGUACAUCUAACUCCUGCCGUGCCUUCUUUACCAGCCACUGUGCCAGCCUGGCCAAGUGAACCUACAACUUUUGGACCAACAGGUGUCCCUGCUCAAAUUCCUGUUUUGUCAGUGACACAGACUCUGACCACUGGACCUGAUUCUGCUGUGUCCCAGGCUCAUUUAACACCCUCUCCAGUUCCUGUGUCAAUACAGGCCGUUAACCAGCCCUUGAUGCCUUUGCCUCAGACACUGAGCCUUUACCAAGACCCACUCUAUCCUGGGUUUCCUUGUAACGAAAAGGGAGAUCGAGCCAUUGCACCACCUUAUUCACUGUGUCACACUGGGGAGGACCUGCCUAAAGAUAAGAACAUUCUUCGAUUCUUCUUCAAUCUUGGUGUAAAGGCAUAUAGUUGCCCUAUGUGGGCCCCGCAUUCUUACCUGUACCCUCUGCACCAGGCCUACCUGGCAGCCUGCAGGAUGUACCCAAAGGUCCCUGUCCCUGUGUACCCUCAAAACCCUUGGUUCCAAGAAGCUCCGUCUGCUCAGAAUGAAAGUGACUGUGCCUGUCCGGACGCGCACUUCCCCGUGCAGCCUGAGGCCAGUGUUAACGGUCAGAUGCCACAGGCAGAGAUUGGACCGCCGACGUUUUCUUCAACCCUGGUCAUCCCUCCGUCGCAGGUGUCUGAAAGUCACGGACAGUUGUCUUAUCAGGCCGACCUGGAACCUGAAAACUCUGGGCAGCUUCUUCACGCUGAAUAUGAAGAGUCGCUGAGCGGCAAGAACAUGUUCCCGCAGCCAUCUUUUGGACCGAACCCGUUCUUAGGCCCAGUUCCCAUCGCACCUCCUUUCUUUCCUCACGUUUGGUAUGGGUACCCUUUUCAGGGAUUCAUAGAAAAUCCAGUAAUGAGGCAGAAUAUUGUUCUGCCCUCUGAUGAGAAAGGAGAAUUGGAUCUGCCCCUGGAAAAUCUGGAUCUUUCUAAAGAAUGUGCUUCAGUUUCAGCAGCAGACGAGUUUCCCGAGGCUGGAGGUGAAGACACCCAUCCUCUCCCUGAAGCCAGUGUGAGCGAGCACGGAGGCCAGGCAGAGCAGUCAUCCCAGACACCUAAGGCAGAGCUGGCACUGGCUCCCGUUCCUCCUGUAGCAGAGGGAAAGGCUCAUCUUCCCACUCCGAUCCUAAACAGAGAGAGAGAAACUGUGCCUGUUGAACUUGAGCCUAAAAGGACCAUUCCGAGUCUGAAAGAAAAAGCAGAAAAAGUGAAAGAUCCUAAGGCUGCUGCCGACGUGGUCAGUGGGGCCAGCUCUGUGGACAACAGGGUGCCGAGACCAAAAGAAGAGAGCUCAGAGGAUGAAAGCGAGGUGUCUGACAUCCUGAAAAGUGGUCGAUCCAAGCAGUUCUAUAAUCAGACUUACGGAGGCAGGAAGUACAAAAGUGAUUGGGGCUAUUCUGGUAGGGGGGGCUACCCUCAUGUGAGAGGGGAGGAGUCCUGGAAAGGGCAGCCAAGCAGGAGCCGAGAUGAAGGUUAUCAGUACCAUCGGAAUGCCAGAGGACGGCCCUACAGGGGGGAUAGGAGGAGGUCAGGGCUGGGAGAUGGCCAUCGCGGACAGCACACUUGAUGGUGUUGCUGCGGCAUUUUAGAGCAGAAGCCCUUUCUUAGGUGGAAUGUUUCUGAAGUCUUUGAAAAAAACAACGUUAAAAUAAAAACC